AUGGUUCGGAACGUGGACGACCUGGACUUCCACCUGCCCUCGCACGCCCAGGACAUGCUGGACGGGCUGCAGAGGCUGCGCGCGCAGCCCAAGCUGGCCGACGUCACGCUGCUGGUGGGCGGCCGGGAGCUGCCCUGCCACCGCGGCCUCCUGGCGCUCAGCAGCCCCUACUUCCACGCCAUGUUCGCGGGCGACUUUGCCGAGAGCUUCUCGGCGCGCGUGGAGCUGUGGGACGUGGAGGCCGCCGUGGUGGGGCAGCUGGUGGACUUCGUGUACACGGGCCGGCUGACCAUCACCCAGGCCAACGUGGAGGCCCUGACCCGCACGGCCGCGCGCCUCCACUUCCCCGCCGUGCAGAAGGUGUGCGGCCGGUACCUGCAGCAGCAGCUGGAUGCCACCAACUGCCUGGGCAUCUGUGAGUUCGGGGAGCAGCAGGGGCUGCUGGGCGUGGUGGCCAAGGCCUGGGCCUUCCUGCGGGAGAACUUCGAGGCGGUGGCGCGGGGGGACGAGUUCCUGCAGCUGUCCCGGGACCGGCUGGCCGCCUGCCUGGCCAGCGACCUGCUGCAGGUGCAGCCGGAACAGAGCCGGCUGGAGGCCCUGCUGCGCUGGGUGCGCCACGACCCCCAGGCCCGGGCCGCCCACCUGCCCGAGCUGCUCGGCUUGGUGCGCCUGGACGCCGUGCCCAGGCCCUGCGUGCAGCGGCUGCUGGCCACAGAGCCGCUCAUCCUGGAGUCGGAGGCGUGUCAAGCAGCCCUGUCCCAGGGCCAUGAUGGGGCGCCGCCGGCCCUGCCGCAGCAGCUGGAGGAGGUCCUGGUGGUGGUGGGCGGCCGGGCCCUGGAGGAGGCCGAGGAGGGCGCCGAGGAGCCCGCCCCGCAUCUCGAGAACUUCGCCUUCUACAACGCCAAAGCCAAGAGGUGGACGCCGCUCCCCGACUUCCCCGACUUCCACAAGUGGGGCUUCUCCCUGGCCGCGCUGAACAACAGCGUCUACGUCACAGGUGGCUCUCGGGGCACUAAGACGGACACCUGGUCAACCACCCAGGCCUGGUGCUUCCCAAUGAAGGAGGCGGCCUGGAGGCCGGUGGCACCCAUGCUGAAGGCCCGCACAAACCAUGCCAGCUCCGCGCUCAACGGGGAGAUCUAUGUCAUCGGCGGCACCACCCUGGACGUGGUGGAGGUGGAGAGCUACGACCCCUACACAGACACCUGGACGCCGGUCAGCCCCGCCCUGAAGUACGUCAGCAAUUUCUCCGCGGCCAGCUGCCAGGGCCGGCUCUACCUGGUGGGCUCCAGCGCCUGCAAGUACAACGCGCUGGCCCUGCAGUGCUACAACCCCAUCACAGAAGCGUGGAGUAUGAUCGCCUCGCCCUUCCUCCCCAAGUACCUGUCCUCGCCGCGCUGUGCAGCUCUGCAGGGGGCGCUCUACCUGGUCGGCGACAACACCAAGAAGGUCUACGUGUACGAUCCCGGGGCCAACCUGUGGCAGAAGGUGCAGUCCCUGCACAGCCUGCACGAGAACGGCGCACUGGUGCCGCUGGGCAACGCUCUGUACCUGACGGGUGGCCGCUGGCAGGGCAUGGAGGGCGACUACCACGUGGAGAUGGAGGCCUACGACCCCAGGAGGGACGCCUGGGUCCGCCACGGCGCCCUGCCCCGCCUCUGGCUCUACCACUGCGCCUCCACUGUCUUCCUGGACGUCUCCAAGUGGACCCAGCCCUUCAGCCCCGUCCAGGAGCACUGA